UUGACCUGCCUUUGACAUGAGUGUAUCUUGUGGACGAAACCUGGGAAUAACCCGCGGUAUGUUGCUCAAUAACAAAACUGGUUAUGGCACAGUUUACAGCAGUUGUAAAAGCGAGUGACAGUGUAACUUUUAUCUCUGGGUUCAUCCAAGUUCAGCCUCAGACGACUCAGAAGUGUCGGUUUCUGUGAAGUAGUUUGACGUAUCCUGCAGGAAGACGAAGAUUCACAUCGUCACUUCAAGACGUGCAACCCGUGGCGUGAACUACUCAGUUUCAACAUAAUUGCCCCGUUUAAGCGCCAGUAGUACAUUCAGGAAAGCUCUGAUUAACGACCAUGUGCUCGGUAAUAACGUUAAACAGGUUGACUUCAGUUCACCGGACUCUGGCUGUCCCGCUCCGCCUCAAAGCAAACAGCUUCGCAACAGCCGAGAGCAGGCGCCUGUGCCCCGGCGGAAGUUACGGCUUUGAGUCCCUACGAGCUCCAAGGAGAUCUUUCUGCUCCAGGAUGGCGCUGAAGGAAGGUCUCUUCUUCAGACAGCUGUUUGAGAAGGAGAGCAGUACCUACACCUACCUGCUGGCAGACAGAGACACCAAGGAGGCAAUCAUCAUCGAUCCUGUUCUGGAGACCAUUGACAGGGACCUGAAACUCAUAAAUGAGCUAGGACUCAAUCUAACAUUGGCAGUAAACACACACUGCCAUGCAGACCACAUCACAAGCACCGGGCUGAUGAAGAAAAGACUUGCUGGGCUGAAGAGUGCAAUCUCUAAAUUCAGCGGUGCUUCUGCAGAUAUCCUCCUAUCAGAGGGAGACAAGAUCACCUUUGGAAAACAUCAUCUGACAGUGAGAGAGACCCCAGGACACACAGAUGGGUGCACAACGCUGGUUACAGAUGAUCACAGCAUGGCUUUUACAGGAGACGCUCUGCUCAUCAGAGGCUGUGGCAGGACUGACUUCCAGCAGGGCUGCCCUAAGAAGCUCUAUCAGUCGGUCCAUCAGAAGAUCUUUUCUCUGCCUGACCAGUGCCUCAUCUACCCAGCGCAUGACUACUUAGGUCAGACGGUGUCAACAGUCGGUGAGGAGCGCAAAUUUAACCCACGCUUAACCAAAAGCCUGGACGAGUUUGUUCACAUCAUGAACAACCUGAAUCUCCCCAAACCAAAGAAAAUAGAUAUCGCUGUGCCUGCUAAUCUGGUUUGUGGAGUGCAUCAAGUCUGAAUGUCUUGCUGAAGGGAAAACUAAUCAGAGCACCUACAUUAUAAUAAUAGUAUGAUUAACAUUUACAUUCAUGCCUCUGAUCGAGAUUAACCAAAACCAUUAAGUGCAUUAUCGUGUGUAUUUAUGUAAAUAUAAAGAUGUAUAUUAGAAAAGUUGUAGAAUCUGUGUCUGCAGUGCAGCUACAUGUCAUUGUGAUCCAGCUCACAGCAACAUUCAAAACUUUUAACAGCAACUUUUUCCAUUCCACCUCUCCACGCCAUGAACUCCAGUUUCUUACCAUUGUUAAUCUUAGUUAAAAUCAUGGCUGAGACAAAGAAACCAAGAUCAUGAUUGGUUGUGUAGUCAAAGAUGAGAAAAAUACUGGACAACAGUAAAUCUUGAAACUGGGUCAAAGGGCAUUGACAAGAAAAUGAGUUGCACUACAAAACUGCAGAGUAGCCAAGCUGCAAGUAUUAAUCAUUGUGUAAUGAUGCUUGAAUGGAAAAAUGCAAUCAGUUUAAUUUUAAUACUUAAAAAGUUUAAAAGAUUUGAACAUGUUGAAAUAUACUGAAUUUUAUUUUUAAUUAAAUAAAUAUAAAUGAGAGUAUCCCUGUGUUUUCAGCUGUGUUAUUAUGAAAUAAGAAGGACAAAGGAAAGUUGGCUUUAACAGAAAUGUUCCAUUCAAGGUUUGGUUUAGUAUUCAUGAAUGCUGGACUGGGACAAUUGAGUUCUACCACAUGGCCUUUUCCAGUGAUUCCGGACUUCUUAAGCCAAGGCCUUCACACAUACUUAGACUCAAUCUCACUCGCUCCAUUCACAAUCCCAUCUACCACUUUAUUCUUUGCAUGGCAGGAAAAUGAAACUACCCUAUUUGCAUGUGGAGUCUGAGAGCUAGCGUCUGUGUCUGUGCUCUUAUACAUCAUCUGUUCCUCUAUUUGAUAAUUGCACAAGGGAGAAGUUGGUCACUAUUGCAGAACUUCAGUGAAUAGCUCAGGCUUUAUUUACUUCAUUCUUUAAAAUUAUCCUGCCUUUAUCUAUUUGUAAUCAAAACUCCAGCAUUGUAAAGAUAAGAACAUCUAUAACUUGUAAAUGUACAGCCUAAAGAAUAUCAAUUAUCAGUCAAAUUAAAUUAAAGAUUGAUCUUGCUUUGUAAGAUGGCCCAUCUAUGCCAACUGGCUGCAUAGUGGGUGAAAGGGGAAAAGCUCUGCUGUUAGUGCUGUGCAGCUGUGUAAACAUUAAUAUCACUUUAGUUGUUAAAAGUGAAUGUCAUAGCUUUAAAAAAGUUAUAUUGAGAGAUGGAAAGGUUGUUUUCAUAAUUGCAACUAUUAUUUCUAUUUUUAAAGCCAGCAUGCUUAGCAGAGUCCUCCCUGUCACUCAUUUAAGUUUAAAUUUUAGUCCAGGUCAUCAUGCAAAAACUCAAAGAGGCCGUGCUUCUAUUCUAUAGAUGCACACAAACAUACAGCUUCAACCAGUCUUCAUGUUUCCUUCUCACUUUGGUACACACACUAGUAGUAUAGAGUCUUGGA